GAUUGCAAUAUCUAAUCGCGCGCAUUUGUCGAGACAAACCCCAUUGAGAAAGGCCCAGCUUGUCAAAAUACACAAUGCCUCCUAAAGGAAGUGGACGAACGACUGCGAGAUCUGGCGCAGCCAGAAAUCAAGCAUCAUCACCUCCCAAGUCCCGCAGUCGCGACACAGAAAGUGCGGGACCACUCACCAGAUCCACACGAAGUCGAAGCGUAGAAGUCCGAGGUCAGAAUCCCGGCGCAACAACGAUAAAGAGAGAGACAAGAGGCUCUCGUGAAGGAACUGCGGAUAGCGUAGGAAGCAACGCCAGCAUCGCAUCUGGUCGAGGUGGUCGUACCAGACAAGCUACUCGAACAGCUGCUAUUGAACGAGAUCUUUCCAUCGUUGCAGAAGAUAGAGAAUCAGAGGAAAGUGACGAAGUCGAUGACAACGACGUACAGGGCCAUCCUUCUCCAGGAGCAGCAUCGCAGAUGUCUGGAACAACGGCUGUGACAACACAUUCACAGUCACAAAUCGCUAUGAUAGAUCCGAUUGUCUCGGAGGCGCUGGUUGAUCUUUUUGUUCGGUCCGAGAAUAUCAUAGACCUACUAAUACCUUCAAAUCUCACGGAAGAAGGGGUUGAAGAAAUUGUCAAAGAACUUCACACUCUGAAAUCAGACAGAGCGAAACGACUCAAGCUACGCGAGCAAGAUUUUGACGCGACGAGAGCGAACUUUGGCAGCGAUGACUUCAUUAACAGGAGCUUCUUGCUCAGAAGGCUUUUGGGCAGUGAUGAGCCUGGUCCAGGAAACUUUCGCCCCGAUGCUAUUGUCUACACAGCCAACCUGGCGACUUUAGUCAAAACAUUUAUGGUUGCUCAACAGAAAAGCUCAAAGACCGUCAGAAGUCUGCUGAGUUUUGAAAGUUGGUUCUCUGACUUAUUCGUUUACAAGUUCGACGAAGAGACUGAAUACGGCGGAAGCAGAUUGCUCGACGAGAGCUUUCAACUCUUGCUGGAAGUCCGGACACAAUUUGUAAUUAUUGAUCUUCAAGCGAAAAAGGAUCAAGAUGCCUUUGAUCCGGACUUCAUCCUCGCCUCUGCCUUCUACGCACAACCAGCACAGCGAGAGGAAACCCUGAACCAGUUUGACGAUAUCACUACUAAUGGGACUGUGAAAGGCUUUUCUCGUGGUCCACCGAUAUCCGAAGAGCAGAAAGGACUCGUAUAUAACCGAGUUAGCGACAUCAGAGAGUUCUUUCGUCAGAAUGAGCAAGCUAUCGAAGACGGUGAUGUGGUUGACUUUGAUCAGCUAGAGAGAACUUUUAGAUGGUUCACAUUUCUCACUGAUCUGGCUCAAUGGGUUCGAUCCCGCUUUCAGGAACUUUCGGAUAACGUGAAGGACCAAGGAGGUGCCACCAAUAUCAUGGUGGAUUUGCUUGGAGUCAUGAAGGAAAGUUUUGAAAGUCAAUCCGAAGUGAGCGCUGAGCAGAAUGUCGAUAGUACUGCCCUGUUGCUGGCAAACAUGAAAAGAUCAGGCGGGUUGACCUCAUCAGCCCCAUCAAGAGAUGCAUUUGCACCAUCCUCCUCAAUCCCGAAGCAGCCCACAGCUCAAGCUCGUCCCCCAUCUGAAAAUCCUGCUGACUUGGAUGAUGGCGGCGAUCAAGGGAUGCCGGAUCCGGUACAUCAACGUUCAGUCCCCGAAUAUGCAGAAACCUGGCGGCGGCAUACGAAUGAGAAAAAUAAGGAGAAUCUCGAGGCAGGGAAAAUGCCUAAGAGGACUCUUUUGGACGCUCAGCCCAAUGCUCAAAGAAUUAUAUUUGACAGUCAAAGUGAUAUGCCGGACGUAUCUUCGAAACGACGUCGCACUCCAGUCGAAGAAGAGGAGGAGGAGGAGGAAGAAGAGGAAGAAUUCGAGGAAGAUCAGAGGAUAUCUAACCCUCAGCGUAGAAUCAAUACCCAGACAAAGCGCCGCCCAACCCUUCCUGCUCCAGAAAGCUCUAGUCCCUCGAAAAGAAGGCGAAUCGAUGCAGCGGCCAACCAGCACGCAGAAGGAAGUGGUGGCGCACGUCGGAGACAAGAACCUGCUGAAUCCAGCCGAGCCCCCGAUGUCAGAAAGCCUACUGUCAAUGCGCUCCCUCGACCAUCCAGUUCAAGGCAAGUAAGGGUCAGCGAUGAUGAAGAUGACCCACCGAGGUCAAGUUUUCCUCGAAGGACAGCACGGAAUGAUACCGCUCGGUCAGCUAGUGAUAGGAUGAAUGUAGACGACGAUGAAGAAGACGUCGAUGCGCCAAAUCCAACUCAAGUUUCUGUCGUUGCUCGGGAAGAAACAGCCCGAAGUACGGCACGACGCAAAGUUGCCAUGAAAGAGUCCAGCAAAAGACGCACACCGUGGUCAGAAGCUGACGCUCAAUUACUCGUGGACUGCAUUGAAGAGUAUGGAUGUGGUUGGUCCACUAUUAGCAAGGUUGAGGGCUGGGAAUUUCACCGCGAUCAAGUCGCCCUGAAAGAUAAGGCUCGCAAUUUGAAAGUCCUUUACCUAAAGUCCCGCGUCCCUCUACCGAAGAACUUUGACUUUGUCCGUCUAGGAAGGAAAGAAAUCCUUGCUGUACAAGCAGUCAUACCUGAAUAUCAACCCGAACCUUGGUGACUUUGAUGUCAGAUGGCUCCUUAUGGACUGCUGGUGGCUGUUUUACAUUUUCUUACCUUAUACCCAUACAGCUAUUUUUUUGGUCGGCGUUCAGGUCAUUGGACCUUGGUCCUCUGCUUAUGAAGGUCUUGCUGUAUUAGAAAGGCAACACUGUGCGAUGAGUUUCAAUGAAAUCGCAUUUCGAUUCGUG